AUCUGUCCCAUGAUUCUUGUUCCUCACAUGCACAGUAACAUCCUCUUCACUUGGGUUCAAUUUUAAUGAAAUACGGCUCUCUAAUACAAAGGUUUGGGGAAGAAAGUCUCUGAUGGUGUGUUGUAGAGUCAAUGCAAGAAAAAUAAAAAGGAACAAACGCAACCGUCAGUGCAAGAGCAAAGAGAAACCUCCCAGAAUGAUAUCUGUGUUUAAUCAUCUUGAAAAAGAAUUGGUCACCCUCUAUCUGAGAGAUUUCCCUCAGAUCCAGCAGAGGAUGGACAGAGUGUGUCUUCUCAUCAGCACAUUUGAAGAAGAUUUCAGACGUGCUUCUGAAGCCGUUACUAAUGCAGGGAAUGUGGAAGUAGCUGGAGGAUUCAUGAUGGGUUUGGGGUUAGUUUUAGCUCCAGUUCAUCUGGGCAUUUCUGCUCUCAUCACAGGAUCAGCAGUAGUUGUGCUUUCAGGAGCUGCAAUUAGUGAUAAACUCUGGAACAAGAAGAUCAGGAGCCAGCAGGAACAAUUUAUACAAGACACUGAAGCUGAACUUUUAACAUUUCAGUAUAUAAUCACCCCUCUGACUGACAAGAUGAAAGACAUCAGUCAGCGAGUUCAUGAAAUAUUGAGAGACCUCAAUAACCCACAGCAUGAUGUCGGGUAUUUGAGUAAAUAUUUUUCAUCUGCCAGUGAAUUAGUGCGCUUCAUACAGAUCUAUGACAUUAGUGUUCUGGCUGCGCAGAUGCAGUCUCAGACGUCAAGUUUGAUCGGAGCUCAGUUGAUCAGACUUCUGCCAGUUAGGAUGGCGUUCGUUCAGAUGUGGAUAGAAAUGAUUCAGUUACAGAAUGUCAUGGAUGAAAUGACUAAAACAAUAGACAGAAUAGCAAACCAACCUGGUUAAUAUGAAGGAAAUAAGAAAUCUCAUUGAUUUGAAGUGCUCUGAACAUUAAAUUGUCAUAAAAACUUUAAUGUUAUCAUCAACAAAAGAUUUAAUUAAAUAUAAUUUAGCUAUAGUUAAACUUGAUUUAUAUUUCUUGAUUAUAAUUUAGUA